AUGUCGGAUACCUUGAGUAGCCCAUAUGGGCUCUCUGUCCGCAGAAAUGGCUCUUGUCUCACCACCGAAGAAGAUUGCGGCCAAACCUGGGAACCUUUCCACGCCUGUUGCCCCGGUGGCACAAAAUGUCCAGCCGGCCAAGAUAACGUGAAAUGCUGUCCAUCAGACGCAGACUGCUCCGAACUGGUCAAUAACACGCAUUGUGCAAAUAGCACUGCAAAUGUCUACAAGGCCAAUAAUUGGUUUUGUUGUGCGGAAGGCACAUCGGCUUUCCAGAAAAAGAAUGGAUAUGUCGGCUGCACAGACAACAUAUCCACCUUGGAUAAUAGUCUGAGUCUCUUGAAAAUCUGGUAUCAUGGCACUACCUCUACACCCACGCCAUCGACAACAAUAGCCAGUACAACGUCCGGCAUCACGGCCACUGCAAGUAUUACGCAAUCUUCACAUUCCACUACCAACUCUGCAAGUUCGUCUUCGUCCUCGUCCAAUACCGGAGCCAUUGCUGGCGGGGUUGUUGGCGGCGUAGCUGGGCUGGCCAUCCUGGUUGGUCUACUCUGGUUCGUACUCCGUCGCCGAACCCGAGCAAAGAAGAGCAUAGGGACACCUACGGAUCCAAGCCCUCUGAUGUCCAGUGCUCCUGGAUCGAGUGUUCCCGGGUCAAGUCUUCCCGCGAGUGUCCCCGGGUCGAAUAUCGUCGAGUACUACAAUAAAGGCCCCGAACGACCACAAGAGCUUGCAGGCCGAAACGAAAACAAGCCUCCUCAAGAGCUUGGUGGUCGAGAUGAAAAUAUGGUCCAUGAACUACCAUCGCAGACGACAUAUCGGUAA